AUGGAGGAUUUUAUUAAAUCCGCUUUCGGGUACUUUGGAGGACCGAGUCCUGGAGUUAAAGAACAUGAUCUUAUAGGCGAGUCAGUUGAGAUAGGGAAAACCCACUUCCGAAUACGGAGAGUAAUCGCUGAAGGUAUGUACAUGUAUAAAUACAUGACUCUAGGUGGUUACGCUAUCGUAUUUGAGGGUUAUGAUCCAUCUCAAGGAAAGUCGUUCGCUAUUAAGAAACGCCUCUCUGGACAUCCAAAUAUUAUGAGGUUCUUUGGAGUUGCUUGUGCUGGCAAAGAAAAAGGAAAACAUGUUGGAAAUGAGUUCCUUAUUGUUACGGAACUGUGUUCUGGAGGUCCUCUAAAGGACUACCUGCCUCCUCCUCAUCAAGGCAAGCAUUUGCCUCCGAACAUUGUCUUACAAAUCCUCGCACAGACUAGCCGCGCCAUUCAGCACAUGCACAAGCAGUCACCUCCAAUAAUUCAUCGUGAUCUAAAGGUUGAAAAUAUCCUCCUAUCGGACUCUUUUACAGUAAAGUUAUGUGACUUUGGCAGUGCUACGACUGAAACUUUUGCCCCUUGUGUGACGUGGUCGGCUGUUGAACGUGGUAGGGUGCAGGAGAGUCUGGAAAAAGUUACUACACCUAUGUAUAGACCACCGGAAAUGUUGGAUUUGUAUCUCAACUAUCCCAUCAACGAAGCCCUCGAUAUCUGGGGUUUCGGGUGCAUAAUGUUCUACCUAGUCUGUGGAUAUCACCCCUUCGAAGAUUCGGCAAAACUGGCCAUCUUAAACGCGAAUUUCAACCUUCCUCCCUGUGAUACUGGCUUUGAACCCUUUCAUAAUCUAAUCCGCCAGAUGCUAUUGGUUGAUCCGACCCAACGACCCAAUAUAAACUCCAUCUACGGCGAACUCUCCGACCUUGCCACCACUCUAAACGUACCCGCUUUCGAAUCCAUCAUCUUCAAUGAGGAGGUGAAACGACGAUUGCGAAACUGCGCGAAACCAAAAGAAUCGCACACCGUCAGUCCCUCCACUCCCUCCUCCUUUGAGGCGUCGGCUCCUCCUCUUCCAUCCUCAGCUCCUCCGAGUCGAUCCUCAGUAGGGCUUAAUGUGAAUGCCUCCCGCAACGCCCGGCGUCACUGUCCACCUUCCCCAACCAAUGGAUCCAUUUCUUCCGGCGACUCAUCCGAAGUGCCAGAGCGAUCGUCCAGUGGGGUUCUGGGUUUUCUCAAAGGCAGCGCAGGCCACUUGAUCAAGAAUAUUCGUGAGACGUCGUCCAGGGUUAUGGAAGCGGUAACUGCGUAA